GGUCAGUCGCGCGUCGGCGGCGCGGCGCCAAGAUCGAUCGCGCGAGUCACCUGUCUCGGGGCUUUGUUUUUUUUUUAAUUUUGGAUAUGUCCCGUUUUGCCACCGGGCUUCCUUCCUGUGAAUCAUGGUUGUAACGUAGUAGAACGGUUUCAGUCGAAGUCGGACAUAUGGUCGCACGAGCGCGGCGAGCGUCCGCCUCUCCGCGCUUCACUUUACGCGCCCAACUUAGUGCAAUGUUAAUUUAAUUACGAGUGUUCGAAUGUUUCAUAAGUCAUGGAAUAUUCAUUAGUUUUAUUAGUGUUUACCGUGGUAUUGAAAAUAUGUACGGGUAUAAAAUGCUACAAGUGCUCCCCCGACGAGGGCAGCAGCGGUCCGCCGUGCAAGCACUUCGACAAGCACGACGAAGUCUACCUCGUCGACUGCGAACAUUCCACCAUGUGCCACAAGAGGGUCACAUCCUUAGACGUUAAUAAUGAAAAUCACCUGAGCAUACACCGGGGCUGCGCAUCACAGACUAUACCCGGGGACCAGUCCAAGAUAAACGGGAAAUGGCAGGUCGUGAACACCAUAUACGAGGUCUACACCGAAGGCUGUUCGGACGACAACUUCGAUCCCGACAGACCGUCCAAAAUCGUCAACUGCUACUGCAGAGGCGACAAGUGCAAUAAUUCUCAUAGGCAUAAAAGUCUACCGUUUGUGUACCUCGUAUCGUUGUAUACUCUGUGGCACUGGGUGUCACAAUAAAUAAAUAAAUUAAUAAAGCUUCCAUAAUUCAACCGUAAACCAAAACGUAACUCCCAUACUUCAACCAUUUUGAAUUUGGUUAAUUUCGCACACUAAAAUAUGACAAUAGCAACGACGAUUUAGGAAAUAAAACCGUUGACAAUAAUUGUCACUUGUACUAAUACACAAAAUUGUGUACCGA